AUGAUUUACUGUUGGUUUACUGCAUUAAGUCUAAUAAUUAUUCUGUACUGCUUAAAAACUGUCGAAACUGUGGAAUGUUUUUGCACCGAAGAAAAUACUUGUGAAGUAUUAGGCAGAUGUCAGGGAACUGCAUGCUUGGUUGGUGUGCUUAAAAGUAAUCAAGUAUUACGUACCUGUGGUACCGAACCGGUUGGAUGUUAUCGCAACAUUGAACCAACUUUGUACGGUACAUUUUCGUUUUCUUUCCUUUCUUCUUCUUCUUCUUCUUCUUCACCUCUUCUGUCUUCAUCCUCAAAAUUUUUUGUUCUUAGAGUUUUUCUUUUUUUCGUUUAUAAACUUAAAAGCAAAACAUUUUUAGCACUUCUUUAA